UUUCACUUGAUCAAAUUCGCUCUGCUGUUAUUGAGCUGCGAAAGCUAAACGAAAAUUGUUAAAAUUUGAUUGCAAAUUAAUUGUGAGUAAAUGYUGAAUUGGUAUUAGCAGGCAGACGGUAAAGAAAUCGAUUUGAAUACAKAGUGAAAUUGUAAUAUUUAAAUGAAAAAUAGCAGAUUUCUCGAGCGGCCAAAUAAAAAUUUCACUACGCGACUCCCAUUUUCGGUUAGGGUCGUGGCUCGCGUGUUAAACAUAUGUGCGAGAUAGAGAAAGCCACUGCUUGCGGCUGCAUGUAGCAAGUGUGCGUGCGAACGAGCAGACAAGUGUUGUUUUUUUUUUUUUGUCGUUUUGGUGUAAAGUUGAAGAAAAUUUUUGAGCAAAGAAUUUAAUAAUGAGAUAAUCUUUGUAUUUAUCCAAAUAACAUCGGCRAAGUGAAAGAAAAGCCAAACAAAUUGUUAAUUGUUUAUAUAAUUAAUUGAAUUUGAAGUAAUUGUGUUGGGGAAGUGCGUGUUAUGUGGCUAAAUAUCGAUAAGUCGCAACAGCUGAUGCACUGGUGCGUUUAAUCUUUACUAGCAAACCCCCACGCCGGUGGGGCUUAAAGCAUUAUAACAAAAAAAUAAAAAAAGAAGCAAAAAACACGCCAGAGAGUGAUUCACAAGUUUUAAGCAGGCGUAGCACCUUUCCAAAACUGCACUAGCUUAUGCUUAUUAAUGUGGAAUUUGUUGUUGAAAUAUUUGUGUGUCUAUGAGAUACGUGUGAAAGAAAGUUUCGUUUAGGAAGGCUUUUUGCUUUCUUCUUUUUUUUUUUUGUUGCAUGAAUCGAAGGAUUGAUUGCUGUUGUCUUCUUGUGGAUUACGGUGCUCGUGGCUGAGCGAAAGACGAUUGCGACGACCACGACCACAACGACAACGACGACGACUAUCGGACGGAUCGGUUCUUGAAACGACCCGCUGCUGGUCAUUUGGGAGAAGAUAUACGUCUGAUCUGGAUAUAAUUGAUGCAUGAUGGAUGCUGGACAGCAAGAAACUAGACAGGCACAUCAUCGUGCUUCCGUAAAGUGGCUGCUCGCCAAAGCCUUCAACAAUAAUAUUCCAGACAAUUUGCGUGAACCCUUCUAUACCGAUCAUGACAAUCAGGAACGGCUGAAACCGCAAAUUGUUGUGGAAAUGGGAAAUGCAACGCUAUACUGCCAGACAUUAUCCAACAUAUAUUCGGAUCCGAAUUAUCAAAGUCUGAAUCAUUGGUCCAUAUUGCAGACAUUGUCACGUAAGGGUGUGCCAGUCGCAGAGUCACCAGAGAUGCCAUUAACCGAAACGGUUUUGAUACAAACAAAUCCUUUGAGGAUAAAUGCCCACAUGUCCGUGAUUCAAUCACUAAUGACUUUGUACGCAAAGGAAAUAACUUCGGGCGAUCGCAUAGCUAACGCUGUUGCCAGAAUUACGGGUAAUAAUGGCCAAACGUUACCACACGAUCAGCCCUUCGAUCAGCUGYUGUUGCUGUGGAUCUCACAUGCGUGUACUUCGCUGAAGAAGCGCAUCGCCCGCGACGUCGAAUUGGGCGCAACGGAUGAAAAUGGCGUGCGCCUACAAGUGCCCAACAUUCCAGCAGUGCACGAUUAUCAGAGCUUAUGUGAUGGCGUUUGUUUAGCUUUAUUUAUAUCGUAUUAUUGCCCGAAAGCGCUACCAUGGACGUUAGUGCGUGUUAAUUACUUACCAGCCGUCGAGGAUUCCGUACACAAUGUGUCUUUAGUCAGCAAUUUUUGUCAAAAACAUUUGCCAUAUAAUGUGUUCCAUAUGAUGCCCGAAGAUGUUACAUACAUGCGCAAUUCAAUGAAGCUGAAUUUAGUUGUACUUUUGGCGGAUUUAUUUCUACUCUUCGAAAUCCAUCCUGCAAAAUGUGUUUGCUAUCCAGGCAUGGAUGCGCCAGAGAUCAUCAGUAAGCGUUACUUUGGCGUUAAUGAGCAUGGAAUAUGUCAUCGCAGGGGUCUCACAAUGCAGCCCGUCAUACCAAUUCCAGAUCUGAGAAGCGAUUCAGAUUCGAAUUAUGGCUCGCCAACGAAUCGACCUCCAUUUCAAGUUUCGAAUUCGGCCUCGUCAGAAGUAGUGUAUGGAAAUAAUACUGCAACAAUAAUGCAAAAUGCGGGGUUAAGAAAUUCGGAAAACGAAGCAUUUGUUGUUCAUAAGUCACGUGGCGUUACAACCCUAUCGUCGUUGCACUCACAACAACAACAACAACACAAUCAACAGCAACARGAGCCAUUGGUUCCCGCACGUUUGCGUCAAUCGAAAGAAAAAUCAAAUAUCGAGACUAAGGCUGAUGAAAGAGGACGACGCUCACGCAGAAACUCAUCCAGCGAAGACUCACAAUUGACAAUUGAGAAUUUCGGUGGCUCUCAAGAUCAGUUGAAUGCGGUCGGACGUUUUGAGCGCGAGCGUGAGCGUGAACGCGAACGAAAGCUAUCCAAUGUUAGUGUGGAACCCGCUGUUGCCGUACGCUCCUCCAUUGCCGAUGCACGCGGCACGUUACAACUUGGCUACGAUACCGAUUCGGGUUCGGAGAAGCAGGAUCGUGAGACCGAAAAAUACUUAAUGAAGCGACAUGCAAGCACCGAUAAUGUCAACAUGAAUGCCUCCAAUACUCAACUGAACAGCAUUGUCAGCACGGUUAGCAGUCCGAUGCCCUCGACACGCCGUCAACAUCCCAUUGACAAAGACAAUCUGGAAGAACAGCAUGCCGAACGCAAGGACAGCAGCACAAAUGAUUAUGAGCAAACGUUGACCAGACGCUCAACACAAAGUUCUGGCUCCAGCAAAGUGGAGGCCUGGAAUAAUAGUAAAAUUGAUCCCUACGACGAUGAUCUACGCACGCUGGAGAACGCCUCCAAAUUGUCCAAUAUACGCAUGAAACUCGAAGAGAAGCGUUUACGCAUCGAACAGGAUAAGCGACGCAUUGAAAUGGCCUUGUUGCGUCAUCAGGAGAAGCUUGCACGCGAGGAUUUGGAUGCCUCGUCGGAGGUGUUGAAAUGGGAGACAUUGAGUAACGAUUCCAAUCGUACGCCAGAUCUUGAUCCGCUCGACUUGGAUAAGUAUCAGGAUAUACAACAGGAUAUUCAAAAGCUAACAGUUCAACAAAACCAAAUACAAGCACAACAAUUGCAAGCGCAACAACUGAUGCACGCACAGCAUAUGGCCAACAUGUUGAAUCAGCCACCGUACGGUUCACAACAACAUCUCAGCGACAAUUUCAAUCAAAUGCAAAUGCAACAACAACAGCACAAUUUCGGUUCGACACCACAUCUUGCACAUUCCCCAUACAAUCCACAUGCCAAUCUCUACAACUCGCGUCCGCCCAGCCGCGAUCCCUACCAACAACAACAACAACAGCAACAAAUGCCAUCAAUGCCAAUGCAAUAUAUAAACGAACACGGGCAAUAUGUGUCGCCACAGCAGCCGCCACCAAUGAUGCAACAACAACCRCACUAUAUGCAACCACAGAAGUUAUAUAACGAUAAUAUGGUUCCUUACAACAACCACGUGUACGGUGGACCACCCGGUCCGCCGCAAUACGCACCACACCACAACCAAACGCCACCACAAUACAUGAAUCGGGCCAGCAUGUACGAUGAUUAUGGACGUGAUCCGAGCUCACCACAACCGAAUCCCAUGUAUCCGCAUGAAAUGUCGCCGCAACCGGCGCAACCGCAACGACGCACGUGGAAUCAAUCGGUGUACGAGCAACAACAGCAGCAGCAACAACAACAGUAUCAGCAGUCGCAAGCGCCUUUGGUGGAUGUGAAUGCCUGGCAACAGCAAAAGCAACGUUCAACGCUGCCCAUGGACGGCAAUUACACUUGGAAGAAGUCCAAUCAAAUGGCGGGCAACAGUGGACGUGAAGGUGGUUUUGUGUUGCAUCAAAACGAUGGCGGUGGCGAGUAUCAGCAUCUCUUCCGCUCCUCACCGCAGCACAUGCAACACAACAACAACGAUGGCGGCGGCGGUGGCGGUGGCGGCCUGCAGCGUCAACACUCAAUCACCAAUAUGCCAAUGACAACGAAACAAGCGCCGCCAACAGCGACGACGUCUUCCUCAAAUUCUUCGGGUGGCCAACAAAUGUGCGAUGAUAUGAUGGCGCCACAGAGCAUAUGCUUUAUUGGCGAUGAGGAUGAUGUGGAGGAGUUGGAACGUAAUAUAAUCGAAUCGAUGCAGCAUACGCGCAUCGCCGACUAUGCACACCAGCAGCAGCAGUAUCAAAUGCAGCAGCAUCAGCAACAACAACAGCAACACUAYCAACAGCACGGCAGUGACGGCAGCUACGACGGUGGCAACGAGCUAUUGCCGCAAAAGUUGCACAUAACCAGCGGCAACCUAACCUAUCGCAUACCAUCACCGUCCAGACCYGCUGUCAACGCCAACAGUUUUCAGGAUCCACGUGAUGCGAAAACCGAGAAGGGCUUUUACAUUUCGUUCGACGAUAACCAACCCAAGCGCCCGAAACCACCCUUGCGUGCGAAACGUUCGCCGAAGAAGGAGCGCAGCAUGGAUAGCACCGAUCACCAGGCGUUGUCCGGCACCAAAAUGGAGCCACUCAAUCGUUCGCACAGCAUCAGCGAAGACAACAACCCAACCUACAAUGGUGGCACGCUGUUGCGUCAGUAUGCCGGUGGCGUCGGUAAUAUGGAUACGCUUAAAAAUGGUGGCAAAAUGAAUGACAUUAAUACGGCUACAUAUAAUAAGUACACGGAUGCGCCUAUACAGUUACGCCAUGAUGACCUCAAUAGCCAAAAAGCGCCCGUGGCGCAACCACGUUCGCCCGUACAUCAAUUCAGUGUGUCUGCGACGGCUGCGGCACUGUCGUCUUCACCGCCCAUAACGCGUAGUCAUCAAACUACAAAUGCCGCCGGUGCGGGUGGUAACAGUAGUCAGGCGAAGGCGUUGGUCAUCGGCACCGAUGUGAGCAACUUGGAUCGGGAAUCGAUCGAUGAAAUGGAACGCCGCAAAGAAAAAAUCAUGCUGCAGUCUCUACAGCGCCGCCAACAGCAAGAGGAGGCRAAGGCGCGUAAAGAAAUCGAGGCGGCACGGAAGCGUGAAAUGGAGCGUGAGAAGGAAGAGGAGAAGGCGCGCAAGAAAGAAGAACAAAUGGCGCGACGGGCGGCAAUUUUGGAGCAACAUCGAUUGAAAAAGGCCAUUGAAGAGGCCGAACGGGAGAAUCACCUGAUGAAUACCCAAGCACAAGUUCAACACCGAUUGGGCGCAGGGGAUCAUAUAAAGCAUCAAGAGAACCAACCGUCGAUCGAGGCCGCUCACGUAUAUCUGUAGCUAAAGGAAGUAGCCUUAAUUUCCGUGGUCGCAAGUCGAAUUCGCUAAUGAAUCUGUGUGGUCCGAAACUGUAUAAGCAACCAGCGGCCAAAUCGAAUCGUGGCAUCAUAUUGAAUGCCGUCGAAUAUUGCGUUUUUCCCGGUGCGGUGAAUCGUGAGGCCAAACAAAAAGUACUGGAGAAGAUUGCACGCUCCGAAGCGAAACAUUUUCUCGUGCUCUUCCGCGAUGCCGGCUGUCAAUUCCGUGCAUUGUACAGCUAUGUGCCCGAAAUGGAUCAAGUAACCAAAUUGUAUGGUACGGGACCUAGUCAAGUGGAUGAAGUCAUGUUUGACAAAUUCUUCAAAUACAACUCAGGCGGCAAAUGCUUUUCACAAGUCCAUACAAAACAUCUAACGGUCACCAUCGAUGCAUUUACGAUUCACAACUCACUGUGGCAGGGCAAGAAGGUGCAUUUGCCCAGUAAAAAGGAUAUGGCGUUAGUUAUAUAAGGUGUAGCGCCACAUAAUAUGGCGCGCAAGUGGCCGCUUUACUACUACUACCACAUAUGGCAACGCUUCUCUGUGUGUGUGUAUGUGUGCUCGAAGGAAUUGCCCGAUCAUGUUGUUGCUGCUAGCGGAAAACGAAGAGAAGAAUAAACAGCCGAGACAUCAUGGAAAUUGUUGCCUGAGUWACAUACAUACAUACAUAUAUGUAGAUGUAAAUUGUUGGUUCGAAAGUUAUAUAUAUAUAUAUAUACAUAUAUGCA